UUUCUUUUCCACAAACUCCACCAUACUCGUCACAUCGCCAAUUUCUUCAGGCACUAACGCAUCGCCUCCCUCGCGGCCCCCGAAUCACCCCCUCGUAACUGUUGGAUCGAAAUGCGGAAUGCGGGAGCUCAUGGUGGUCUGACAAGCCUCCGGCCUGCCGUCCUCGGCAUGGCCAGAGUAAUCGGACUUGGUUUGUCUCAUGCCGCCGCCGCUCCAUUGGAAAAGCGCACCGGACAUCAUGGCGACGAUCUCGAAACGGCACCACUAUGGCUGCUGUGCACCUUUUCCAUGGCUCUCGUCCUUUUGGGCGGAGCUUUUGCCGGCUUGACCAUUGCCUUGAUGGGUCAAGAUAGCAUCUAUCUUCAGGUUCUAGCAGGCGAUCCUACUGAACCUCAACAUAAAAACGCAAAGCGAGUGCUAGACUUGCUCUCCCGAGGCAAGCAUUGGGUGCUUGUCACCCUCCUACUUGCCAAUGUCAUCGUCAACGAAUCUCUCCCCGUCGUCCUCGACCGAACCCUGGGCGGUGGUAUUGCUGCCGUUGUUGGCAGCACGGUUCUCAUCGUCAUUUUCGGUGAAAUCGUCCCCCAGUCCAUCUGCGUCCGACACGGCCUCCCUAUCGGCGGAUACAUGUCGAAACCCGUCAUUGCUCUCAUGUACAUCCUUAGCCCCGUUGCUUGGCCCACUGCCAAGCUUCUCGACUGGAUUCUUGGAGAAGACCAUGGCACUGUCUACAAGAAGAGUGGUCUCAAGACCCUCGUUACCCUUCACAAGUCGCUUGGAGAUCUCUCGGAGCGAUUGAACCAGGAUGAAGUCACCAUCAUCACAGCCGUGCUUGAUCUCAAGGAAAAGGCCGUGUCUGAUGUCAUGACUCCUAUGGAAGACGUCUACACGCUCUCCGAGGACCACAUUUUGGACGAAAAGACCAUGGACAACAUUCUUGUCUCUGGAUACUCCCGUAUUCCUAUUUACCGAUCUGGAUGCCCGACCGACUUUGUUGGUAUGCUUCUUGUCAAGACGCUAAUCACCUAUGACCCCGAAGACCGCAUCCCAGUCAAGGAUGUUCCUCUUGGUGCCAUUGUCGAAACCAGACCUGAGACCAGCUGUCUUGACAUCAUCAACUUCUUCCAGGAAGGCAAGUCGCAUCUGGUGCUUGUGUCAAAUGAUCCUGGAUCCAACCAGGGUGCCCUAGGUGUUGUCACGCUUGAAGACGUCAUUGAGGAGCUCAUUGGCGAGGAAAUCGUCGACGAAUCGGACGUUUAUGUCGAUGUGCACAAGGCUAUUCGACGCCUCACACCCGCCCCCAGAGCCAGAAGAAGUCACCACAUGGAUGUUGCUACCGCUGCUGGAAUGGCUGGAACUGCUAUCGCUGCUAAGAAGACUGCCGAUGGCACUGCCUUUGUAGAUGUUGGAGAAGACGCCCAAGGACAACCCAUGGUUGUUGGUUCGCUUGGCGCUCUGAGUGAUACAUCCGGCGACAGCCAAGAAUCUCAGUUGGCAGUCUUUAUGAAGCGCAGAAGCUCGGUUGGCCCCGACGGCAAGCCUGAUACAAGCGUCUUCCCCGUCAAGGCUUCGUUACGAGAAGUCAAGGCUCACCUUCGCCUCGGCCCAGCCAACCGUGCUGCCAACCCUCUGAGCAACACGCGUGGUGCGGUCUUCAAGAUCAAACAGGGUCUAACGACGGUCAACAGCCGCGAGCAGAUUCCAUCAGCCCUCACCAGCCCGAAUAUUGCUCCCAUGGAGUCGACACCUUUAUUAGGUGCCAGUAAAGGUCCCAAUGGCCAUGACGCCGACUAUGGUGCCCACGGUAGCGAAGUCGUAUCAAAACGGAAGCAAAAUGGACACGGCAAGAAGUCAUGACGACUUGCCAAUAGAAAGCUCGUAUGAGUAGUGUGAAUUGGGCGUCUAUGUGCAAACAGAGAUGGCCCUGGUCUGCAUGUUAUCCUUUGCUUGAUUGCUUGGGGCUGGUGUUGUUUGCUUACGGUGUUUUUGUUUUUUGUCUUUGAUCCAACGAAGUGGGAGUACGUACUCAAGCUAGUUUCUAGUGCAAGAUUUACUCCUAUGCCGUCACAUAGGAAUUGAUAUAUCUUUUUUUUUAUUAAACUGGCUCAUCUAAUGCUUUCGUAAUGCUGUUUGUAAAACUAUUUAUUUAGUUAUUCUAUUCAAUCAUACCAAAUGGCGUUCAUGCCAAAGCCCGGCUCUGGUACCCGUACUCUAGCCACCCUCGCUAGAAACUCAUCCUGCCAUCUGUAAAUCUCUAACCAGCCCUCUUGAUCGUCAGUGAUGGCGACCCAAUCAUCACACCAGUCAGAUGGAGAUACAGCAUUGCUGUGACCGCCACUAGUAGGUGUUGGGUUGAGGCAGAUUUGGCGCUCAAUGAAGCCCUCUGGCGCAAGCUUAAACGCCGCGACGUACCCUGUCAAAUCGAAGCUAUUGGCCCGUGACGAAGCAAACAUAUAGUUGCCAGACUGUGACAGUACACAGACGUCGGCGCGAUACUGUGUCCAGCGGUCAGGAAUACCUGGUGGGAUAAGCGGGAAAUGGCGAUGUGUGUAGACUGGCAGAUGAGUAGCCGGAUCAAUGAGAUAUUCACAGAUUCUGUUUCCCUUUUCCAUCAGCGCAUAUAGAUAUUUGCCUGUCGGAUGCAUUGCUACCCAUCGCGGGUGGUCGCGCUCGUCGUCGCAGUCGACCGAUCCGACAAGUUCUACCUCGGGUGCGUCGAGAUUUGGGCGGCGAUGCACCCAGAGCUUGUUUGCAGUCAAGUCGGCUGAGUAGAGGUACUCUUCUGUCGGGUCAAAGACCAUGCCGUGGAUACCAGUGUUGGGUUGAUAUUCGUAGUUUUGCACAUUUGUCUUGAGGGCGCCUGUUUGUGAGUCUGGCGCAAAGACGGCGCCGUGGCCGGCGUGCUUGUAGAACGGGUUGCAGUAGAUGCCAUGUGGAGGUUUCUUGGCCGCAAGGAGGAAGAUGGCGCGGGUGUUUGUUGUGGAUAGCGAAGCAGAAG